CAUAGGUUUUACAUCAUUGGCCUAAUAUUAUCCUGAUAAGUCAUUGCAUAUUAUUAGUAUGGCAUCGCGUGGGUAUUUCUUUGUUCUUCUCCAUGCCUUUGUGUAUGUGGCUCUUGCAACCUCAGCUUUGUCACAAUUGACACCAAAUUACUAUGACUACUCGUGCCCCAAAGCUUUGAGCACCAUCAAAAGUGUCGUAGAGGCUGCAGUGAAGAAAGAGUACCGUAUGGGUGCAUCCUUGCUACGCUUGCAUUUCCAUGAUUGCUUCGUUAACGGCUGUGAUGGUUCAGUUCUUCUAGACUCCACAUCCUCCAUUGACAGUGAAAAGAAUGCGCGUGCUAAUUUUCAAUCCGCUAGAGGGUUUGAAGUGGUGGAUAAGAUAAAGGAAGCAGUUGACGAAGCAUGUGGAAAACCAGUUGUUUCUUGUGCUGAUAUAUUGGCUGUCGCCGCUCGUGAUUCUGUCGUUGCGUUAGGUGGGUCAACAUGGGAUGUGAAACUUGGGAGAAGAGACUCCACCACAGCAAGUCGUGAAGCAGCAGAUGCAAACAUUCCUGCACCAAAUUUUAACCUCUCUCAACUCAUUACCAACUUCAAGAACCAUGGUCUCGAUGAGAAAGACCUUGUUGUCCUUUCAGGAGGCCACAACAUUGGAUAUGCACGAUGUGUUUCAUUUAGGGACCACAUGUACAAUGACUCCAACAUUGACCCUAGCUUUGCACAACAGCUUAAAUACAUUUGCCCUAGAAAUGGAAGUGACUCCAACCUUUCCCCUUUGGACCAAACAGCUGCACACUUUGACAAAGCCUAUUUCUCUGAUUUGGUUCAUAAGAAAGGGCUUCUUCACUCUGAUCAAGAACUCUUCAAUGGUGGUUCCACUGAUGCACUAGUUAAACAGUAUAGUAAUGAUGUUGAGGCUUUCAAUGAGGACUUCGCGAAUUCGAUGAUUAAGAUGGGUAACAUUCAACCCCUCACUGGGAAUCGAGGUGAAAUUCGUGUUAAUUGCAGGAAAGUGAACUGAUUCAUUCCAAAAGUUAAUGUAAUAAGUAUGUAUUAUACACAUAAAACUACUCUUGAGGCUAAGAUAGUGGUGCACAAAUAUUAAUUCAUAUAUGUAAUGUUAUGUAUAUCCUUUACAAUAAAUUUAUCGUUUAUGAAUAUUUAC